CCCUUUUCCAAGGCUUCUAAACCCCCCAGAAGCAAAACACAUUUUGACCACACGAGGACAUUCAACGACAAUGACAUUUCCCUCCACCACAGACAAUCCCAGAGUCAAUAGCGCUGUAAAGGCCUUUUUCGCUAUCCACCAAACAGACCCAAAUAUCGUCGCAUCUCCAGAUCACACAGAGAUCCCUUACUCGGUUCUCUACCAUUCCCGCCUGGUUCACUGGACCCAAACCCUCUCCGCCCCCGAUACUCCCUCCGAGCCCCUUUUUCUCGCCGCCCAUACUCAGCAUAUCCGUCGUUGGACAGUUCCGCGUGCGUCGUUUCCAGAAGGGUUAGCUGGAUACAAACGCUGGAGAAGCUCGCUGGCAAAGUUCCACGCUGAAGAGGCGGAAAGAGUGCUACGGGAAAGUGGGUACGGCGAUGAGGAUGCCGACAUAAUACAACGAGUGAAAGACUUGCUUCAAAAGCGAAACUUGAAAACGGACGCUGAAAUGCAACUGUUUGAAGAUGCCAUUUGCUUGGUGUUCCUCGAAAAGGAAUUCGAAGCCUUUGUCGCAAAGUACGAUGAAGCAAAGGUUAUUGAUGUGUUGAGAAAGACUUGGGUAAAGAUGGGAAGUAAAGGACAUGAAGCGGCAUUGCAAUUGGCUGGUGGCCUCCCCGAAGACUUGCAAGCUGUUGUCCACAAGGCCCUAACGGAAGAUGCCUCUGAUCCCAAAGUUGCAUAGGAGUAUAUACUUCAUUAGCAGCGUUCCCCAGUCAUUAACCAGGUGUACCAUCAUAAGGAUGGCACACAAACCUGGCAGCCAUGUAGAAAAGAGAACAGUACACAGGACAUGUACAUAUCCAAUUAAUAUUUCAGAAUAUCCAUCACUAAUCGCCCUAGCAGUAUAGAAUAGCACUGUCGCCCCUCUUGUAUGAUAUAGCAUUAAAGAUGUAGCGUACUUGUUUACAUGGCUGAUGCAACUCUAUUUGCAUAUCAUUUUCUUAUAGUACACCGCCAAUAUACUAAUCGUCUGAUAUUAUAUCAAAGAGACCAGAUACACCCUCAUACACUG